AUGGCCACCACCGCGCAGUACCUGCCGCGGGGCCCGGGCGGCGGGGCCGGGGGCGCCGGGCCGCUUAUGCACCCGGACGCAGCUGCGGCGGCUGCCGCGGCAGCAGCGGCCGAGAGGCUCCACGCGGGGGCCGCGUACCGCGAGGUGCAGAAGCUGAUGCACCAUGAGUGGCUGGGAGCAAGCGCGGGGCACCCCGUGGGCCUGGCCCAUCACCAGUGGCUACCUACGGGCGGCGGCGGCGGGGGCGACUGGGCGAGUGGCCCCCACUUGGACCACGGGAAGGGAGGAGGCGGCAGCCGCGGGGACGACGGCGGAGGCUUCCACGCGCGGCUGGUGCACCAGGGGGCGGCCCAUGCGGGAGCAGCGUGGGCUCAAGGCGGGACACCUCAUCACCUAGGCCCGGCAAUGUCACCGUCACCCGGGGCCGGCGGGGGUCACCAGCCCCAGCCUCUAGGGCUCUAUGCGCAAGCGGCCGCGUACCCAGGAGCUGGCGGGGGCGGGGGCCUCGCGGGGAUGCUAGCGGCCGGCGGGGGCGGCGCGGGGCCCGGCCUGCACCACGGGCUGCACGAAGACGGACACGAGGCGCAGCUGGAGCCGUCGCCGCCCCCCCACCUGGGUGGACAUGGACAUGGACAUGCGGGUGGGCUCCAUGCGGGUCACCUGCACCCUGGCGCUGCUGGUGGUGGCUCCUCUUCAGUCGGGGAGCACUCGGAUGAGGACGCGCCGAGCUCCGACGACCUGGAGCAAUUCGCCAAGCAGUUCAAACAGAGGCGCAUCAAACUGGGCUUCACGCAGGCCGACGUGGGGCUAGCUCUGGGCACGCUCUACGGGAACGUCUUCUCGCAGACCACCAUCUGCCGCUUCGAGGCCCUGCAGCUCAGCUUCAAGAACAUGUGUAAAUUGAAGCCACUGCUGAACAAGUGGCUAGAGGAGACCGACUCUUCAACCGGCAGCCCCACCAACCUAGACAAGAUCGCGGCGCAGGGACGCAAACGCAAGAAGCGCACGUCCAUCGAGGUGGGCGUCAAGGGCGCUCUGGAGAGCCACUUCCUUAAGUGCCCCAAGCCGUCGGCUCAUGAGAUCACGGGCCUGGCCGACAGCCUGCAGCUGGAGAAGGAGGUGGUGCGCGUCUGGUUCUGCAACCGGCGGCAGAAGGAGAAGCGCAUGACCCCGGCCGCUGGCGCUGGCCAUCCCCCUAUGGACGACGUGUAUGCGCCAGGUGAGCUGGGACCCCCGGGGGCCGGGGGUGGGGGCGCCUCGCCACCUUCUGCACCACCGCCUCCACCGCCCGCCCCGCUGCACCAUCACCACCAUCACACACUGCAGGGAUCCGUGCAGUGACCCCCCUCACCCCGCGGGGCCCGGACUCGAGCCCCUUCCCUUCUCUGCCCACCGUGCCAAGACCACCACCCACAAAGGGAGCGGCCCCCGAGACAGCGAGACCUAGAGGACAGUCGGGGGCUGAUCCCGCCCGCAGCCCACGCGGACAGGACUUUUUGUUUGUUUGGAUUUUACAAUUAAAAAAAAAAAAGGCAAAGAAACUUUUAAAAAAUAAUCAUAACACGACCCCGAACCAGACGGACGGACGAGGAACCGAAAUCGUCUCGGAGAUGGCGGACUAGCUGCGGAGCCUGGGCGUGAGCAGAGAGGAUCCGAGACCCCGAGCCGACUUAACCAACUCGCCCGCGCACCCACGGACCACCACCUCCAUCCAUCCCACUCCCGGCAGCCCUAAUCCCCCAGACUCACAGGCAGGCGGGCGCGCACCCAUCCCUUCCCUCCCUCCCUUCCCCCGGCUGUUUCGGGCCGGAUCCCGGCAGCGU